UUAGACUCAGGUCAGUGAGCUCAGGCUGCAGCUCCUUAAAAUAAACCUCAAGGACCCGACAACACUCUGCACACUGGGUCAUGUGUAGCCGCAUUACACACAGACAGACACGCAACACGUGGACGUGGGUUAAGUCAGAGGAAACUGGAUUCAUAAAGAAAUACUGUAAAAACAGACGUUGAACUCAUCACAGCUCCAUCAUGACGGCAGCACCACUCUCUUCCUCUGGAUCAGCAGCUCCCAGCGUGGCCUUCGAGGAUUAUUCUCUCUACAGUAACCUGAGUGACGAUGAGCUGCUUCAGCUCGCCGUCGAGCGCAGUCUGACUGACCUGCACUGUAACACUGCCAACGCCAACACUGUUGCCGCCGCUGCCAUGCCUCCUCAUCCACCCAACAGUACCGGCCUGAAUCCUGCAGCCAGAGACUACAACCAACCACGCCACAGCUCCCACAAUCCACCUGCAAACCACAGCUCCCACAAUCCACCUGCAAACCACAGCUCCCACAAUCCACCUGCAAACCACAGCUCCCACAAUCCACCUGCAAACCACAGCUCCCACAAUCCACCUGCAAACCACAGCUCCCACAAUCCACCUCCAGCAGAGGCAGCUGCACACUACAGUAGUCCGAACCCUCCGAGUGAGAAGCCUCCUGAUCCAAAGACCUUUGAUGGGACAAUCAGUCGCUUCAUGACAGGUUCUGGGAAGAGGAUGAUUGCCUAUCGGAAACAUGAUGGCAAUCUGGUCCACAUCCGUCCAGAACCACAAGAGGAGGAGGAGCCUCUGUUCAAAGCUAUCCGUGUUGGUGAUGUAGGAGCUGUGAGAACGUUACUGAUGGUUCCUGGAACAAACCUGAUGCUGCCGAGUAAACCAGGCUGGCUCGCCAUUCAUGAGGCGGCGUGGUACGGCCAAGACACCUGUCUGACAGUGCUGCUGUCAGCUCAGCCAGGUAUAAUCAACAAGCGAACGGCGCAUGGUGAGACGGCGCUGCUGCUCGCCGUCAGCAGUGUCCAACUGCGAUGCAUUCAGGUGCUUCUGGAAAGGGGAGCGGACACCAACAUCUCAAGCCAUGAUCGAGACACUCCACUCUACAAAGCCUGUGAGAGGAACAAUCCUGCGAUGGUGGCGCUGUUGUUGAACCACGGUGUGACGGUGAACACUCACUGUGUUCUGGGUUGGACGGCUUUGCAGGAAGCUGUGUGUCAGAACAACGUGGAGAUCUGCGAGAUGCUGCUGAAGGCCGGAGCCAAGCACAGCCUGACUAACGUUUACGGCAUCUCACCGCUGUUUAGUGCUGCUCAGAUCGGCCAGAUUGCUGUGCUGCGUUUCCUCAUCAAACACGGUGCAGAUGUGAACAGUGAGGCAGCGGAUGGAGCCACCGCUCUGUAUGAAGCUGCUAAAAAUGGCCACGAGGAGGUGGUGGAGCUCCUCCUCUCUCAGAAAGCUGAUCCCAACAAACCUGGAAAGACGGGCUUGUUACCACUUCACAUCGCCGCCCAAAGAGGAAGUAACACCAUUGUGUCCAUGUUGAUCCAGGCCACCAGUAAGGCCAGAGUCCGGCGGGCCGGCAUCAGCCCACUGCACCUUGCUGCUGAGUGCAACCGUAACGAUGUCAUGGAGGCUCUGAUCGAGGCGGGCUUCGAUGUCAAUGACCAGCUGUCUAAAGAGCGGUCAAAGCUGUACGAGGACCGCCGCAGCACGGCGCUCUACUUCUCCGUCAUCAACAACAACAUUGAUGCUGUGCAGAUGCUGCUAGCGGCUGGCGCCGACCCAAACCUGGACCUGUUCAGGCCUCUGAUGGUGGCGGCACGACAAGGCUGCAUCCAGACCGUCACUCUGCUGGUGGAACACGGGGCCGACAUCAACGCCAGCAUCCCCACGCACCCCACCACCUUCCCCGCCGUCUACAUGUUCUGUAUGAAGUACCUGCCCAUGUUCAAGUACCUGCUGGACCAGGGAGGCUGCGCACACACUUGCUUCGACUGUUUCUACGGCAGCCAACCUCAUCCACCAAUCAAAACCACCCGUUCAGAAAGGGGUGUUUAUUUCGACAGUGACCAUCAAAAUACACCUCAGACGAGAGGCGUUCAGUUCUGUGAGAUGAUAUCGGCCCCCAGUAUCAGUCGGUGGGCGGGGCCAAUCAUUGACAUCCUAUUGGACUACGUUGGUCAUGUGACUCUCUGCUCCAGACUGAUGGAACACCUGAACAGUUACUCUGACUGGAGUGUCAUCAAAGACAAAGCAGCACCUCCCCGGUCGCUGCUGCAGCUCUGCAGGAUGCAGAUUGUGCAGUGUGUUCAACAUCGACAUCUGAAGAGGUUGCCACUGCCUGGAGGUCUGAUCCGCUUCCUGAAACAUCAGGAGGCUCCUUUGGACGACUGAACGACUGCUUGUUCAGUCUAAACUUGUCAGUCGAUUGUUUGGCCUCUGGUGUUGCUGGUGCAGCUUUCUAAAAAUCUUUAUUAAG